AUGAGUACAAGUCAAAAUUUUCGUCGUGACAGUAUUCGAAGUGCAAAUGUUGUUAACGAAAAAUUCAGUAAAGAAAUGAAUACAAGGCGGAAUAUUAGGCGAAAUGGCACUAUUCCUUAUAUAGCAAAAGGUUUUUUAAUUUAUUUUUUGACAAAAAGAUUUGUUGAGACUUAUGAAAGCUUUUCUAUUUACAUUUGA